ACGAAUUGAUUCGAGCACAUGAAAGACAACAGAUCUAAAUAAUUACCUUUCUGUAUUUAUCGAGAAAAUGCCUAAUUUCAAACGCAUUAAAUCGUGGUUUCUGUUGUACCAAGCGUGCUUGUUUGUGUUGAAUGAGGCGCGCUCACGCUAGUCUGCACGUGCUCGCGCUAUACAGAGGAAACGCGAGGCACACUUUUGCAGAAUUAUUUUGACUAUUUAAAGUAAUUGUGCCGAAUUCAAGCCAAAACAGCGUGAAGCAGCGAGACACACGUUUGCAAUGAGGAGGAUCAUCGGAGGUUGAUCUGGUUGGAGCUGACGGAGUGUGUGUACAGAAGCAGAAUGAACCAGCAUCGCUCCAGAGACACCGGAGUUCAAGGUGUGUCUGGUGGCCGGUCCGUAAUGAAGAAAAAGAGCUCUCACAAGCACAGACACAUGCGUCACAGUCCUCUCAGUGAAAGCAUCGUGGGCUGUCGAAUACGACACAAAUGGAAGGAAGACGUCUACAGUCCGGUGUCUCGGUGGACGGGGACAGUACUGGUCCAAGUGUCUGUCAACUCGUUUCUGUACCUCAUCAAGUACGAUGGAGUGGACUGCGUCUACGGCCUGGAGAUCUUCACCGAUCAGAGGGUUCAGAAUCUGGAGAUUUUUCCCGGGGAAAUCGCCUCGUUUCGGGUCAGUGACACUCGUCUUGCGGAUCAGCUGCUGGGACGGCCGGUGGUUCAUCUGUUUGAGACGGAGGAUGGCUCCAAGGAUGAGUGGAGAGGUCUGGUGCUCUCCAGGGCUCCCAGCAUGCCUGCGUGGUUCUUCAUAACUUAUGAGAAAGACCCCAUGCUGUACAUGUACCAGCUGACGCAGGAUUAUAAAGACGGGGACCUUCGGAUACUUCCGGAUUCAGCAGAUGAUCCGGCGGAGGCCAGCGAGCCGCGUGAAGUGUGUGACACGCUGGUUGGGAAGCAGGUGGAGUGUGAGAACAAGGACGGCAGACAGAGGAUGGGGACCAUCAUCCAGCAGGUUCAGGCCAAACCCUCCGUUUACUUCAUCAAGUUUGAAGAUGACUAUCACAUCUACGUCUAUGACAUGGUUGGAUCGUGAGUUUCCGCUCAGACCCUGGAACAAAAUCUGUGUUUCCAGUCAGUUUCUCUUUUGUAUUAAUAAACGUUUGUUAUAUAGAACACUUCUGAUGCCUCUUCAG